AUGGCCUUUGACUGCCAUCCUCUACAGUUACGUCUUGCACACAACAUCAAACCAUUUGAAUCUGAAAAAUCUGUUGAUUUCGGCAGCAGCCACGUGAUUAAAUGUGUUGAAGGUUAUAACAAAACAGGAGACGAUGUCGUUAAAUGUAUGAGGAACGGUUUAUGGAGUGAAGUCAACAUUUAUUGCCACAAAAAUCAAACAGACUGCCAAGAUGUAUUACAGGAGGGUUACACUAAGAGCAAGGUUUACACGAUCUAUCCGCAAGGAGGGGGUCAACUGGAGGUCUUCUGUGACCAACACACAGAUGGUGGUGGUUGGACGGUAAUACAGCGACGGAUGGAUGGGACGAUUGACUUUUUCCGGAAUUGGGAGGACUACAAGGACGGUUUUGGUAACAAGUCAGGGGAAUAUUGGCUGGGAAACCACAAUAUUCAUAAAGUUGUUAACCAAGGAUAUUAUGAACUGCGGAUAGAGAUGUCUGAUUUUAAUAAUGAAAAAAAAUAUGCUCUGUACAGAAGAUUUUCCAUCGGUGAUGAAGCCCAUGGAUAUAAUCUUCAUGUUGGAGACUACGAAGGGACUGCAGGUGACUCGUUGAUGAAUCAUCAUAAUGGAGCACGAUUCUACACAAAGGACCAUGACACGUCAGGUCACUGUGCGCAAACAUUUAAAGGUGGUUGGUGGUAUAACCAUUGCCAUUAUUCCAAUCUGAACGGGAUGUACCUAAGAGGAAACCACGUGUCAUACGCUGACGGGAUCAACUGGAGGACUUGGCAUGGAUAUCACUACUCACUGAAGACCACAGAAAUGAAAAUAAAACGACUUUAAAAUAAAACAGUUCUAUUU